AUGCCGGGCUCUCAAUACGAGGAUACCAUAGAACUGGGAGGGAGACAAUAUUCGGAUGGCAAAUCUGCAGAGGAUGGGUUCGAUGACAGGUCUGAAACGCCAUCGGAUCCGGACCGUCUCCCCAUCGGACACAGUCGAGAGUCUCUGAGUCUGGUUGAGAGACCGAGGCAGUCAAACAAAAAAUACAGUCGACGCAGUACCUUGCGCGAGCUCGAGCGCUAUCUUCAGCAAGAGCAUGCGGAGAUUGAGCAGAGCAGGAGAGCGCUCAGGACUGCUCUGGAGAGGAUAGACAACGAGACACAUCGAGCACAGGAGGCUGAGAAUCGUGCGUAUGAGCUUGCACGACGCUUCAAAGAAGCGAACGAUGCACGUCUGGCUGCCCAGCAGGAAGCCAACCGGCUACAGACGGAAUUGACGCUAUACAAGGCACAACUCGAGACUGUUCAAAGGGAAAGAGCCACGUUCCAGGACACAGUGAGAGACUUGGAGGCACAGAGAGAUGACGCGGAGGCUGCUGCAGCAAGGUCCCGCACGAAGGCGAGGAAAUUCCGGGAGCAGCAACUGAUCAUGCUCGCACGAGAAGAAGGGCGUAAGAUAGGCUUCCGAGAGGGGAUGGGAAGCGCAUACGAUGAGGCCAGGUCCACAGGUUAUCUCACGCGUCCCAAUCAACUUCAGGACGAGGACGAGGAUCCUCGAAACAAUCAAUCGCGCGCAGAACCUCUCGAAGAACUGUCGCGGGUGGUCAACCUACCCUCAUUCCCUCGAGGUGGCGUUCCAAUUACCCCAUCUUCCGUGACUGCCACCGCCGAUGAACCGCAGUCUGGUCUAGCAAAUCAACAACCAUUAGGUGGUGCAUAUCCCAAUGCUGCUCAGGGCUCGCGAUUCCGAGAGAAUAUCACCAUCACCAACCCUAGCAACUCCACGCUCAACUCUAUCCCUCCCGCACGUUUCCAGGGCCCCUCUUCAUGGCCUGCACCUCCACAAGCAGGCUCGUCAAGACUCACCCCUAGCGUGGUACGUACCGCGUCACCGUCGCCCGGCCACCCGGACUUUUCUGUCCCACCCGACAACUGGAUACCCACAAUGGGAGCGGAUGGACGCAUGAUGCUGCCUCCUCCACACGAAAUGAAGCUGCCUCCGCCGAGCCCGCAUACACCUCUGUCACCCCUUCCAGAGCUCCCCGCUGAAAUCUCAGCGAGCGCUGCCGAGAGGCCUCCUCAAACUAUCGCACGCGACUAUGCAUACCUCGGGAAAGGGCGUUCCUCUCCGAGGUCGUUGGCAGAGUCCAUGACGUCGACUGCGCUGUCUCAAUUCGACCUUUUGAGCUCGCCGAAUAAUCGAGGUGCAGGACGAGGGGACAGAGGGUCGACGCUCAGUGCCAUACCUGAGGGAUCUAUGGAGUUCAGUCCGCUCACAGAGAGCCGAGCACGUAGCACUGUCAUGCCUGAUCCUAUAACAUUUCCGGUCCCCUCUCCUGCUCCAGGAGGCGAUACCACGCGCAGAUCUGCAUCAAGAGCUGGACGAUCAGAUAGGGAUUCUACGAGAAGCGCUUCAAGGCAGAGGCAGCCGAACCGGACAGUACACGAUGAUGUCCAUGACGUGAUGCCCCGAAUCGCUGAGACUGUACGGUAUUCGAACCCUAGCGUACAAGAGUGGCUGGAGAACAGUGCUUCGCCUGAGCAAAUAUCACGAACUCCCUCAAGAAUGUCUCAGCAAUCACACUACCAACCAUCUGUAACAGGCCCUACUCCUGCUAGCAGGUCUGGGUCACCGUUCCGCAGGCCUUACUCAGCAGCCAGCAGGGAGAGCUAUGGGCAAUACCCUCCACAUUCUGUCAACGCCUUUCCGGACGCUGGCUCUGGCCGUUUGGAGCAUGCACGACUGUCGUCUGGUUCUGUCGCCAUUUCAGUACAACCUCCGUCCGGACCUGAGUCCACUGCCUCACCAUCAGCUGCGGUCGAAUCCGGCCAUCUGACACCCAGUGCCACCAUGCAUUCCUUGCGCCCUUCCCCGUCUACGCAACCUCAUAUACAACUUGUGGCGCCCUCCCCGAAUGUGGACCGUUCACCGCUGUUAGGGGUGCUACGCUCUGCGAACGAGCUUCCAGCAGGUUUUGUGCCUUCCGGUCCUCCAUCGCCGUCCGUCCUACCGCCAGCUAUGCCCGUUCCACCCCAGUAUCCGCCUGCACAGGGCGUCACCAGCCCAAACCCCACGAUGGCGCCUAUCCCUCCGAGCGCGAGCGCGUCGUAUGUAGACGUGUAUGACAGGGCACCGUCGCGGCCCGCGAGCAGGAACAGCGGUAGGGGCACGUACGCCGAGGGCGCGCGUCCCCCGUCCGUAGCGAGCGCGCACAGGUCCCGCCCGCCAUCUGCCCAUUCUUCGUUCUUCGCCCCUCCUCCUGGGCAGCCAGUACAUGUUCCCGGCUCGCCGGCGGCGCCUGUGCGAUUCCCUGCUAGCCCAGGCCAGAGCAGCGCAGCAGCACAUGUUUCCAUGCCGGCGACCGCGAGUCCACGUUCAUCCCUCUCGCGUCUCUCGCCCGCCGCUCGUGAGAGCCGGCUGGGCCUACAUGCGGGGGCGACGCCCGGGCCGGUGACCAGGGAGGUCAGAGAGGCGAGAGAGAGAGGGAGGAGCAGGGAGCUGCACCGGGUGCCCUCGACAGGCUCGGUUGGGAGCACUUUCUCGAGACAGUCGGGAUAUGGGAAGUAUGAUCCUAAAGAGUAUGUCGAUGCUGCGUUCUUGGCGAGCACGGAUAAUUUAUCGUUGGGAGGGGAAGAGGUGGGGAGACGAGGUGGGGAGAGAGGCGUGCUGAUGGUGCCUCCACCAAGGAGUCCAUCGGGAGCGUCGUAUCGCAGCCUUGCUUGA